AUGGAGGGUACAGACAAGGCGGAAAUUCUGGCGAACUGGGUGGGGCGGCGCUGGUUCCUCAGUCUCUACCAGUGGGCCAUCCUCAGUGCCGUGUGUCUCUCGGCGGCUGGGGACCGACUGACGGCACCAAAGGCUCAGCAUGAGCCGCCCCAGGGCGUGCGACAGACGGCUCUGAACGCGCUCUGGGAUCCGCAGCACCAGGACAGCAACAGCACGGCGCCUGCCGCCGCUCUCCUCGCUCUUUUGUCGGCUAUCUCCGAGGCCCGGGGCGACCCGAACGCCAUCUACCGCCUGCGGCUGGCCACCGAAGACCAGUGGCCCAUCUCACAAGACGUUCACUUACCGAACCUGUCGAACCAUCCCAACCAGAGAGAUGCUGCUCAGAGGGACAGCAAGUCCAACCAGUCGUCAUUUAAACCUCCGCGGCGCAACCCAAAAACAGAUAGAGGUCCAGCUAGGAGGUCUGAUGGGGAGAAACUUUCGGAGGAGCGUACGAGCGGAAAUAGGAAGUCGCGGACGACAACGGAGCCCGACAAAGGAGGUAGAGUCGUGAGCAAAAGGCGACAAAAACGAUACAGUGUGGAUGAGGAAGAGCAGUCUCACAGACCAGCCAGAUGGCAAAGAUCCGACAACCAUGACGACGGAGCUAGGGAAGUUAAUACAAUUCCACCUUCAGAUGAGAAAGUGGACCUCAACAUCGCAGAAAGCCGCAGCGAUUCAGACAUCACAGAGACGAACACGCAACAGCCAGCUGAAAGACGUGCCUACGUCACCCAUCGGCGCUUCAAAGAACAGCGCCCAGACGUGAAUGUUGAGUGGCCUCGAAGGAGCGACGUGGACUGGUCUCGAAAGGACUCGGUCGAGCAGAUGGAGAUGCGGGAGGACGGUUCGCUGGCAGAACGCCGUGAGGAUGCAGGACGAAGUGAUGACUGGACGGAGGGCGAUUCAAGGUUGACACGAAAGAGCGACACGGGAAGUGAGAAGGGCCGGACGCGCGCUGAUGGAAGAUGGUUACAAGAGUACAGCAGACACGAGGACUCGCCGAUAGAGAUGGAGCAGGACCAGGUAGCCGAUGAGUCGAUCGACAGAUCAAUCUACUUCCAGCCGGCGGAAGAGGACGAGUACUUCACCGAGGAGGACCAGACGACGGAGGAAAGUCAUCCGGGCGAGGACUACCUCACCACAACGGAGGAGUACCACUCCACCACGCAGAGGUAUCAACCACCGCCGGCCGAGUACCAUCCACCGCCGGCAGAGUACCAUCCACCGCCGGCCGAGUACCAGUCACCUCCGGCAGAGUACCAUCCACCACCGACCGAGUACGACUCACCGCCGAACCACCCUUCAACGAUCGAGCACCAUGGCGAACCGAGCGGUUACCACGCUCCAACCGAGCGUCAUCACCCUCCAGUCCAGUACCACCCCCCUCCCGUGGAAUAUCACCCAGUCCCCGAACAUGGUCUACCACCACCAGACGACUACCCGACCUAUCACCAUCCAGAGAAUGAGCACUUAGUCCAAGAGGGAUACAAUGCACCUCCUAAACACCACCUGCCUCCUGAGGAAUAUCCUCAUCCUCCUCAGGAACACCAUCCUCCUCGGCACUACCCUCCUCCUCCUGAUGCCUACCCCGCUCCAGCCGUCCCUUACCAAGUGGAACCCGAGUACAGUCCCGACUCGCCGUGCCGCCGGACGAGCGACGACCCGGACGGAGACUGUAUCCGAGGCGUGGCUGACAUCGACUACCCGACCCUUCAGAGCAUCCCGGAGACGAGCUUCAGCUGCCUGGGCCGGCCGCCCGGCUUCUACGCCGACAUGGAGACCGGGUGUCAGGUGUGGCACUACUGCACCAGUGACGGGCGACCGCAGUCGUUCCUUUGUACCACGGGCACCGUGUUCAGCCAGCUGCACCUCGUCUGUGACUGGUGGUUCAAGGUCGACUGCCCUCACUCAGACGCGUUCGAGCACGUUAACGAUCGACUGUAUCGGCCGGAGGAGUACUCCGCGUACCCGGGACAGUUCCGCGGCGACGGGCCGGACGGGGCUCCGGUAACCCUCCGUCUCGGCGGCAGGGAGCCAGUCAUCCCGCAUCACCCCACUGAGGGUCCGCGUCUGUUACCCCAUCAUCCCACCCAGGGUCCGCGUCUGUUACCCCAUCACCCAACCGAGGGUCCGCGUCUGAUACACCAUCAUCCAACUGAGGGUCCGCGCCUCUUACCCCAUCACCCAACUGAGGACCCUCAUCCUGCACUUCAUCACCCAACAGAGGGUCCGCGCCUCUUACCCCAUCACCCCACUGAGGGUCCGCGUCUCUUAACCCAUCAUUCUUCUGAACGUCCAAGUUUUCGUCAUCACCCUACCGAGGGUCCUCGCCUUGUCCCUCAUCAUGAAACCAGUGACUCUGCCCUUCGCUAUCCUGAGGAUGAAAGGAUUCCGCCUCAUCGCUUCGCGGAGCAAGAGGAUCACGUCCUGCAUCGACAUCCUUCAGAGGAACACAUCGUUCACCGCCAUCCAGAGGAAGCCUUUGAGGAAUAUCGACACCCAGGAGAACGACCCCUCCUUCACCGUCCGCCACAACGGGAGGUUAUCCCACAACGUUACAGGGAAGAGUCGACACAGGGGCCGCAUCUUCCCUAUAGCCAUGGAGAAGAGAGACCCGAGCCCUAUCAUUUGCCCGAAGGAGCACCCGAUUCCUAUCCUCACCCAGUAAGACAGGUAUCGCCCCAUGACCAACACCCACCAAGCCACUCGACACAUCACCCACGACCAGUAUAUCGAGCCCCUAUCCACCGCCCGCCCAACUACCCAACACGACCCACCCGUCCACCCACCCCCGCCCCGGUACACUGGGAAGAGCACAGCCCCUCUCCAGUGCACUGGGAGAGUCACGGCCCUCCUCCAUCCCACCACCACCAUCGUCCUGGUCCCGUCCCUGAGCACAGCUCCACUGGGUACAUCGCUAUCACGCCUGUAGCACCUCUGUACGCCCCUGCCGAGCCGGAGCACACCACGCGACCGUGGCCUACAGCCGUGCCGGCCGUGGUUGGUGCGUACGGUAGGCCGUGGGAGCCGCAGAGAACGCGUCAUGGACGGGGCGAGACGGAGGGUGUGGUGGUGGUGACCACUCCACGGCCGGUCAUCAGUCAUCGAGGCACCCCAGAACCGGCAGCGUACAGGGAGACAGCAGUAGAGGAGGAUGCGUACCACCAAGGAUAUCAUACGGCUCCGUCUGAAAGGGAGUACUACCAGCACAGGGAACAUCGCCCUCCCAGACUGUCCAGGCAGCCGGAACGACCUCCCCCUCACAGUCUGCGGCCGGUACCUCCUCCCCACGCCCCGCGGCACCGACCCCGCCCCACCCCAGCGCCGUACCCGGCCUCAGACCAGCACCCACCGUCUCUGGAAAGACCCCCCGCGGGAGGAGCGUACCACGGGCGGCAUCGUGAGCCACCUCCAGCCCCUGCAUCACCCCACCUACGGCAGAGCCGCCGCCUGCGCCGGAUGCCCCCACGGUACCGCGGAGACCGACAACCCCGGUACCGCCCUGUUUCGGUCAGCCGACGGCGCACCAGGCAGCUGACACAGAGGUCGCGUCAGGGAACGUCAGAAAGGUCACAGCAGCGGGAAUCAACACGAACGCGUCGGAAAACCACACCCAAGGAGCAUCACCAGCGCAGGGAUCAGCGACCUGGGCAGGUGACAUCAAGGUCCCUUCGCCCGCCCAGUCGGCCCCGCUCGAGGUCCGCGACGUCACACGGGUCCCGCUUUCCACCAGUGACGUCACCCCGGUCCCCAGUGACGUCCCCGCGGUCCCCAGUGACGUCCCCGCGGUCCCACUCCCCAUCAGUUACCACUCUCCGGUCCCGGUCUCUGGCCCUGCUGAAGGCGAAACAGCCCGAGUUUGGAGCACGGCUAUCAAGGCGACACAAAGGAUGAGGCUUGAAAUAUCGCGGAAGCGAGAAGCUGGGUGUGUGGUGUGAACAAGCAUUGCAUCGCAAGACGCCACAUACCCCUCAGAAUGAGUAAGCGUGUUAUCGUUCUAAGUGAUUACAACCCGUGCUUUCACGUUAUGUUGAUGUAUGGCCGCGAUCUGUACCUUCUUGUUCAUGUUGAACGUCCUUCGUCGGGGCACGCGCUGUACAUUUCUCAAGCUGUUACGGUAAAUGAAUGACAUUCCUUUUUUGUCUCGCGAGCAUGUGUUCAUCGCGCAAAGAUGCGCUGGAGAAGAGGUCAGAGGAUUUGCUCAGUAUCUGUUGUUAUUGUUACCUAGCUUAGACAUCGCUGGAUAAAGUCAAUACACGUGAUUCACAUGACGGUUUAU